AAACUAUUCCCGUCUCUCCUUGCAUGCAAAUUGUAGAGGCUCUUCAAACUCGAUUUCUACUCAGCUACUAAACACCAUGGUCGUUACAGCAGUCAUAACCGAGGAGACCAACUGUCUGCGCCUCAAAGCAGAGAAGCCUAUCCUCGAUCUUCCACAUGCCGACAAGACCACCGGACGGGUCGUACCCAUCAAGCACGCAGAAGGUAGCCAAGUAGACUUUGGCGCCGAGAUCUACGGCAUUGAUUUGAACAACUUCACGGAUGCAGACUUCGAGUUCGUUUCCGAUGCUUUGCACAAGUGGAAGUUGUUAGUGUUCAAAGAGCAACCGCAAAUGCUCAAGCCGCAGCAGCAAUAUCUGCUUACUGCAAACUUCGACCGCGAGGAAACAACCGGUGGCUUCGCUCAUGGCCAUGACCCUUUCCUCACUCAUCACAACGGCGUCGACUUCUACGGCAUCCCCAAGCGUCCAGCAAUUCCAGUACAGCCACAAGUCCACAUCCUCGGACGCGGACCCGUUCCGGAAGGUCACUUCGGCUUUCCGCCAGGCUUCGAAGUCCAAGGCAUCGAUCACGAAGAGUUCCAUCUUCCACCGCACAUACCAGCGGAAGAGCGCGAAGCUGGUGCCUCCCGUUUCUACCAAUGGCAUUUCGACGGCUCGCUGUAUGACAUUCCUCCUCCGCGUGUAGGUUGCCUCCUAGCUGUUCGAACUCCCAAGGGCCCAGAUGUGACUGUGCGAUGGGAGGAUGAGGCUGGGACUCAGAUGAAGAUGGCACCGGGUGCCACGGCAAUGGUCGCUGGCAGCCGUGCACUGGCAUUGCUAGACGAGGAGACACGGAAUGUCGUGAUGAACAGCAAGAUCGAGUACGCGCCACACGCCUUCGUCUGGAUGUCCAAAGCGCACAGUACCCGACUCGGUCAUUCCCUCGAGACCGAAGGGCUUGAGAAGUCACUGGACGAAUUGCCGAAAUGGGAGAGGAGCAAAGUCUGUGUUUAUCCGAUGGUAUGGACGAAUCCGAAGACUGGUGAGAAGUCGUUGCAGGUCCAUGGUCAGGGCGCUCUCAAGCUACAUCUCAAGAGCAGCCCGGAUGGAGCUGAGACGGUCGUUGAGGACUUGGGAGAAGUCAGGAAGUUUCUUGAUAAGCUCAUGCGACCGGCGUUGCAGCCUGAGAACAUAUAUGCGCAUCCGCAUCAAGAGCAAGAUGUCAUCUUGUGGUACAACCGCGCGCUAUGGCACAGUAUCACCGAGUUUCCCAAGUCGUAUGGGCCGCGUGUGAUGCAUCAGUGCAACAUUGCGGCGAGCGAUCAUCCUUCGAGUUGAGGGGGCCACGGCGGGUGUGUGUAAGUUCGAGUAGUAAUCAGCGCGCGAUGUACGACUUCAUGAUGAGGCAGCUGCAAUAUUACACAAAGUUUCACGCGCAACUUGUUGAGAUGUCCUGGAG